CUGUACUCUUUUUACCUUUCACGACGAACUAACAACACGUGUGGCGUGCGUGUUCGUUGCCUGUCUUCUAUUUAUUGAUAUUUGCCCACAUUGUUGAAGUGCAUACCGACUUAAAAUGGCGAAAAUGUGUUUAAAGAAACAAAGCAAGCGGGUCCCAGCAGCCCGCCGCUACAAAGUUGAGAAACGCGUGAGACAGUUUAACAAGAAAAAGAGACGCGAAGAGAAGAAAAAUCCUAAAGCUAAAAAAGCCAACAAAAUGAUAGUUGUUCCCAGCGUAUGCCCCUUUAAAGAAGAAAUAUUAAAGGAAGCUGAAGCAUUCAAGCAGCGUGAGAAAGAGGAACGCAAAAAAGCAUUUGAACGCUCACUGCAAAAGAAGAAAGAACUUGAAGAAAAGAGCGAUGUUCCAAUGGAAGAAGAAGAGCCAGAAAGUUUGGAUAGUCUUAUUAGAAGUGCUCAGUCCAGGCAGAAGCAGCAUGAAAUAUGGACAGAAGACAAAUCAGUAAAUGUUGAUACUGAACUCACUAACAGGACAGAAAACUCCCUCAAGGCAUACUACAAGGAAUUCCGCAAAGUUGUGGAAGCUGCUGAUGUAGUUCUUGAAGUUGUGGAUGCCAGGGAUCCAUUGGGCACAAGGUGUCUUCAAGUUGAAGAAGCAGUGAGGGAAGCAAAAGGAAACAAGAAGCUUGUUCUUGUUCUGAAUAAAGCUGAUUUAGUACCUAAAGAAGUUUUAAGCAAGUGGUUGCAAUAUCUGCGGCGAACUAUCCCAGCCAUAGCCUUUAAAGCCUCUACCCAGAAACAAAAACAGAAUCUGAGCAGACGCAAAGUGAAGAAAAAUUGGAGCGAGAAAGAAACCAACGUUUCCCCUUGUGUUGGCGCCGAAGUUCUUAUGUCUCUUCUCAAUAAUUACUGUAGAAACAAGGACAUAAAGACCUCUAUCCAUGUUGGCAUUGUUGGUCUCCCUAAUGUUGGGAAAAGCAGCAUUAUAAACAGUCUCAAAAGAACUAGAGCCUGCAAUGUGGGCUCCAUGCCUGGUAUAACAAAAUCUGCACAAGUUGUUGAACUUGACAAAAAAAUUAAACUCCUGGACAGUCCAGGAAUUGUUUUUGCCAAAACUACUAAUGAAACUGACGCCUCAAGUGUGCUAAAGAAUGCAGUUCAUGUGCAAACUAUAGCAGAUCCAAUUACACCUGCUACUGCCAUUCUCCAGAGAGCGAGUAAGGCACAGAUGAUGACCCUGUACAAUCUAUCUGAAUAUGAUACACCUCAGGAGUUCUUCAUAUCAUUAGCUGAAACAACUGGGAAAUUUAAAAAGGGAGGAAUACCAGACACAACUAAAGCAGCCAGACAACUUUUAGAAGACUGGAACAGGGGCAAAAUCAGAUAUUUCACUCAACCACCAGAAGUUAAAGACGAGUCUCAUGUGAGUGCUGCCAUUGUAACAACAGAUGCUGCUGAGUUUGACUUAGAUUCAUUUAAGGACAUAGAGGCUGAAUCAUUAGAGAAGAUGGACAGUAUUACAGGAAAUGUGAAAGUUGAACCAGUUAUAUUGGAGUCUUCCGAGCCCGUUGUUGCUGUUGCAUCUUUAGAAGAAAAGAUGGAGGAUGAUACAGCUGAAGCAAGUGGUGAAUUGAUCAAUGAAAAUGUAACAGUUGUCACAGCAAAGAAAAAAAAAAUUGAUAGAGGUGAAAGUAAGAAAACCAGUGGCAAAGAAGCUAAGAAAGAAAAAACACUCAUGGAACUAGAGGGAAAUCUGAAAUUGAACUUGCAUAAAAAGCUUUCUUUUAAGAAAAUGAAGAAAAUGCAGGCAAGAAAUUCACGUCAUGCAAGUUCAUUAGCUGGUGUACUGGAAAACUUCAGUCUUGGGUCAGAUGACAAGUAUGACUUUGACACAGAUUUUACAACAUAAGAACAAAAGCUUGUUGUAUAAGAAUUCUGCUUUGGAUUAACUGUGAUCAUUACUGUAGCUAUUAAAUCUGUUUUCCCUA